UCUUAUCGCAUUAUAUCGCAUACUCUGUAAUCGAUUCAAGCAAUGGAGUUCAUUCGUCUCUGUGGAGUAACUUAACGUUUGAGCGUCUCUGUUUCUUUCUGGCCAAUUCUUCCAUUGCUCUCUGCAUAUCUGUUAAAGGAGGUUUAAGAAAGUUGUAUAUGUUAGAAUAAAUUGAUGGAGUGUCUCUUGGGUUUUGCAUCUUCUGUUUCAAGAGAUUUAGUGUGUGGAGCAUUAAAUCAAUUACGUUAUCUUUGUUGCUUUAAAAAUUUCGUCAAAAGGCUUGAAGAAGAAGAAAGCAGUUUGAUUAUAACGAGAGAUAGUGUCCAAAAAUUUGUUAAGCAUGUCAAGAAACAAGCGAGAAAUCCCGAUGCAAUUGUGGACAAGUGGCUGGAAGAUGCUAUCAAUGAUGUACACAAUGUGAAUCAGUUGCUGGAAGAGGCAAGAACACCAAAACAUUGUUGCUUUGGGCACUGUCCAAAUUGGAUUUGGCGAUACCAUGUUGGAAAAAAGUUAGCAAAUAAAACUAUGGACCUCAAAAAGUUCAUUGAUGAGGGUAGAAAAUAUGUGCCAUUUGACCGCAUCGCUACGCUUCCUUCAAACACACUUGAUAUGCUUUUAGAAAAAUGCAUGAAUUUUGAGAGUAGACAAUCUGCAUACGAGCAACUACUGGAUGCAGUGAAAAAUAAUGAUGUUUCCAUGAUUGGGUUGUAUGGGAUGGGAGGUUGUGGUAAAACCACAUUAGCAAUGGAGGUUAGGAAAUUUGUAGAAGCAGAGCAUCUUUUUGAAGAAGUUCUUUUUGUACCUGUUUCUAGUACGGCAGAAGUUCGGAGGGUUCAAGAAAAGAUAGCAAGUUCACUGCAAUUUGAAUUUCCAGAACCCGAGGAAAUGCAGAGAGCCCAAAGAUUGUGCUCAAGAUUAACUCAAGAGAAAAAUAUUUUUAUAAUUCUAGAUGAUGUAUGGGAAAAGCUUGACUUGGGUCAUAUUGGGAUUCCUUCUUCUGAACACCAUAAAGGAUGCAAGAUUCUCAUUACAAGUAGAUCAGAAGCAGUUUGUACUUUAAUGGAUUGUCAAAGAAAGAUUUACUUGCCAAUUUUAACAGAUGAAGAAGCAUGGACUCUUUUCCAAAAUAAAGCACUUAUAUCAGAAGCCACCUCUGAUACCUUAAAGGAAAUGGGAAGAUUAAUUUCCAAUGAAUGUAAAGGAUUGCCGGUUACUAUUGCAGCUGUUGCUUGUAGUUUGAAGGGAAAAACUGAGAUGGUAUGGAGUGUUACAUUGAAUAAAUUGAGACAUUCGAAGCCAAUAAAUAUUGAAAGAGGUUUGACUGAUCCCUACAAGUGCUUGCGAUUGAGCUAUGAUAAUUUGGAUGCUAAAGAAGCUAAAUCACUCUUCCUGUUGUGCUCUGUGUUUCCUGAAGAUUGUGAAAUUCUAGUUGAACUUUUGACAAGAUGUGCAAUAGGAUUAGGUGUAGUUGGAGAAGUUCACUCAUAUGAAGAGGCAAGAAGUGAAGUGAUUGCAGCUAAAAUUAAACUCGUUAGUUGUUGUUUAUUGUUGGAUGAAGAUCAUGAACGUGUCAAAAUGCAUGACUUAGUUCGUGAUGUGGCCCAUUUGAUAGCAAAGAAUGAGAAUAAGAUGAUCAAGUGUGAAGUGGAAAAAGAUGUUAUGGUGGAACAAAAUUCAGUAAGAUAUCUAUAUUGUGUGAAAUUUCCAAAUGAUUUGGAUUGCUCCAAUCUUGAGUUUUUACGCUUACGAACAAAGAUGAAAGAAUUUGAUGGGAUUUUCAAAAGAAUGGGAAUGCUCAAAGUAUUGAUUCUUGACAACGGUGGGGAUGGAAAAACACCAUUGUCAACAAUAUGUUUCAAAACAUUAACAAAUCUUCGAGAUCUAAUCAUUUUUAAUUAUGAAUUGAGCGACUUCUCAUUUUUAAGCGGUAUGAAGAAUCUUCAAAGUCUCUCGUUAUUUGGUUGUUUACUACCUUCAUUCCCUGAAUUACAAACUGAUGUUGCAAUUACACUAAAAUUGUUGGAGUUGACUGGAUGUGACAUUAAAGUUAAGAAUUUUGAAGUGAUCAAGAGAAUCCCGUUUUUGGAAGAGUUGUACAUUAUUGAUAUUCAAGGAGAAUGGGAUGCUAACAGUGAAGACAAUAUUAAAGAAUGGUGGAAUGCUGAAACCAAUAUUGAAUUCUUUAAGACGUUUAGUGUCCCUCAAACACUGCAAAGUUAUGGAAUUGUAUUAGGAUCUUAUGAUUUUGAGCAUUUUAAUUAUGGAGAUAUUUACACUCAUCGCAGAACUUUAUUACUUAACCAUUUUGACGUAUCAAAUGAGGUAAUGAAGGGUUUGGCAAAAAAAGCAAAGGAUCUAUUUGUAAGAAAUAUUCAUGGAGGCGCAAAAAGUAUGAUCCCUGAUAUAUUUCAAAUUGAAGGAGGAUAUUUGAAUGAGUUGAAUAAGUUGGAGGUACGUUUUUCUCAAGAGUUAGAAUGUUUGAUUGACACUCGUAGUCACUCGAGUGAGGUGGUGACUCUCUUCUCCAAGUUGCAUACGCUGAUAAUCGAUAACAUGGAAAAUCUAAGAGUUAUAUGGCAUUGUUUUCUUCCUGCCAAUGGGCCUUUUGAGAACUUAGAAAAUUUGAGUUUAAGUUAUUGUCCAGGACUGACAUCUCUCUUCACGUAUGGGGUUGCUCGAAGUUUGGUAAAAUUGAAAAUAUUAAAAAUAUCAAGAUGUGAUGGACUGAAGCAUAUAUUAACAGAUGAAGAGAAAGCAGAGAAAAGUCAAGAUGAAUUCACCAGUGGGCGGCAUCCUGUACAAAUCUUCCAGAAUCUUCAGGAAGUAGAGGUAUUUAGGUGUCGAGAAGUAAAACAUAUAUUCCCAGCCAACAUUGUAGGAGGCUUAACUCAAUUGAAAGUUCUCGAGAUAGAAGAAUGUGAGAAGCUAGAAGAAAUAAUUGGAGAUAUUGUUCCAUUAACAGAGCAGGAUAGAAAAGAACUUGAUGAAAUCGUUGAGGAAGGAACUCUGUCUAGCCUUGCAAGCCUUAGGAUAAAAGGUUGUGGGAAGUUAGGCUCAAUUUUUACAACAUCGAUAGCUAAGACCUUGACUUCUUUAGAAGAAUUGUUCAUAGAAAGCUGCAAAAGUUUGAAGGAUAUAGUAACUCACGAAAGCAUUGUUGAGGAUGAGCAUGAUUGUGAGAGUGAUAUUUCAAUCUUCCAAAGUUUGAAAAAGCUACAUAUCAGUUAUUGUGCCUUAUUGGUGGGUAUAUUCCCUGUUUCUUUUGUUGGAGAAUUGAAUGAAAUAGACACUGAUGAUGAAUAUGGCAAAGAGAAUAUGAGAGCUAUCUUUCCUAACUUAAAAGAACUCUCAGUGUAUAACUGUUCCCAAUUGAAAUAUAUGAUUGACCAAUAUGACGUAGCUAAUAAGGAUUAUAAGGAGAUUCGUAUUCAAUUCUCAGCAUUGGAAAUACUCUCUCUUCAAUAUGUACCAAAGUUUGUUAGCAUUUGUUCUAUCAACACUCUCACUGUGACGUGGCCAUCUUUGAAGGACUUUCAUUGUUACAGUUGUUUGACGAUUAUCACAAGUACUAAGGAUCCAAAAGGGAUUCAGAACCAUCUCCCCACUUUGCAAACUCUAAACAUAAAGCAUUCUGCUGUAGAACGUAUUUUUUGUCUUAAUGAACAUGAAAUGAUUGGCCAACCAGUGAGUUUAAGGUUAGAGAACAUGGAGUUGUAUAAUGUUCCUCAAUUGACUUAUAUUUGGGUGGGUCCCAACAAUUCACUUACUCUCCAACAUCUUACCACAUUAUAUAUAAGUUAUUGUGGAAAGUUGGAAGUAAUCUUUCCAAAGUCUAUUGUAAGAUGCUUACCACAGUUGAAGUGGCUAACCAUAACAGAGUGCAUGGAAUUGAAGCAGAUCAUGGAAGAAGACGAGUCAAUUCUUCUUUCUUUUGGAUGUGAUAAAGAAGCUUCAAAGAAUUAUUUUGCUUUCCCAAAUCUUGAAAAACUAGAAAUAAUUGAAUGUGCAAAAUUGGAAGUAGUCUUCCCAAAGUCUGUUUUAAGAUGCUUACCAAAGUUGAAGCUUUUGAAGAUAAGAAAAUGCAAAGAAUUAAGACAAAUCAUUGAAGGGGAUAAAAAUUUGUCUAAUCUUGUUUCUCCUCAACCAUGCUUCCCAAAACUAGAAGCAUUGCUUGUUGAUCAUUGCCCCAAGUUGAAAAGAUGUGUAUCUGAAUCUGCUUCUCAUGACCUUCCCAAUCUUCAUCUUCUAGCCAUCAAUGGAGCAUAUGAACUAGAAGAGCUUGUUGGAUGUAAAGAAGGAAAGAUUAAAGUUGAGCUUCCAAGACUCAAACUUUUAAUAUUUAUGCAUCUUUCAAACUUCAGUCAAGAGAUUGAAUUGCAUAAUUUAAAGAAUUGCAUUGUCUACAAAUGUCCAAAACUCUCUUUGACUUCAACAACUACUCUUCAGAAGCUCUGGUUACAUUUUCCUUACAAAGAUUUCAUAAACACUGAAGUUCGUAGUUGGGAAUUUGAAGACAUAGUAAGAUCCAUAGACGACUAUUCAACUAUCAAUGGUAGUAGUGAGUUCGCUUCAUCACAGGUCAGAAUCAACCAAUCUAUGAAUAUGAAUAUAAAUAAAAUUAAAAAAAGCCGAUAA